UUUUUCUUUCUCUUUUUAAUAUUAUCAUCACAAACCAAACGCGCUUGCGCUUCUUCUUCAUGCUUCAAAUCCAUAAUUGGCUUCGGCGAUUCACUAGCAGAUACCGGCAACCUACCACACCUGUAUCCAUCGGAGCCUCCACUCUUUUUCGAGAUGCCGCCCUACGGAGAAACCUUCUUCCAUCAUCCCACCGGAAGAUGCUCCGACGGCCGCCUCAUUAUCGAUUUCAUUGCUCAAUACAUGGGGCUUCCUUUGGUGCCGCCGUUUUACGAUGGAAAGAAUUCGAGCGGCGGAGGUAGCGUGAAUUUUGCGGUGGCGGGAGCAACUGCGCUGCCGGACUCAUUUUUUGUGAGCAGAGGGGUCGAAGUUCGUCAUGCAAAUAUUUCCCUGGUGGAUCAGUUGCGUUGGUUUAAGGAUAAAUUCUUGCCCAAAUUUUAUCAUAAACCUUCAGAUCGUCAAAACUUUCUUAAGGCCUCUUUGAUCCUAGUGGGAGAGGUAGGAGGCAAUGACUAUAAUCACGCAUUACUUGGAGGGAAAAGCAAGGAAUUGGUCGGAACAUUUGUGCCUAAGGUUGUCGGAGCCAUCAGCUCAACUAUUAGGGAUCUGAUAAAACUAGGAGCAGCGACGCUAGUGGUUCCAGGCAACUUACCCAUAGGGUGCUCAGCCACUUAUCUCACACAGUUCAAAAGCUCAAAUCAAAGUGAUUACGACCCUAAAACAGGUUGCCUCAAUUGGUUGAACAAAUUUGCCCGCUACCACAAUAACAUGCUUCGUGCAGAAGUUGAUCGCAUUCAAAAGAAGCACCCUCACACCAAAAUAAUCUACGCGGAUUACUACAGCGCUGCAAUGCGUUUCUAUCUCUCCCCACACAAAUAUGGGUUUGCGAAAGGAGCACUCGCAGCUUGUUGCCCAAAAUGUGGGCCCUACAAAGUCGAUACUCGUGUGUUGGAGGGUGGAGCCAAAGCGUGCAAGGAUCCAUCGCAGUAUGUGAGUUGGGAUGGUUUGCAUUUGACAGAAGCAGCAUACAGAGUUAUAGCAAAGGGUUUAAUCAAACAAUCUUAUACGAUUCCUCCAAUCAAUUCCUCAUGUGCUUAAUUAAUUAAUUUGUCUUCCAACAAUUUAUGGUCAUGAACGCCUAUUCAACGUAUCUGAACUUUUGGUUUUUAGCAAUAAAUAAUCUAAGAUC